AUGGUUCACAGCAAAGGUUUGCGGCAUGGUACCAGGUACAUCUUUCGACGGCCAUUUCGCAAACAUGGUACAGAACCAUUAUCUACGUUUCUUCGUGUUUACAAGAUCGGCGAUCUAGUUGAUAUAAAGGGAAACGGAGCUUUCCAGAAAGGCAUGCCUCACAAAUUUUACCACGGAAAGACUGGUCGAGUCUAUAAUGUUACUCCGCACGGCCUAGGCAUUAUCGUCAAUAAGCGUGUCCGGUAA